AUGGCGACAUCACAAAGCGAGCUAGACAAGGCGAUUCGGCUAAUCUUGUCUACCCCAGAAGCUAAGGGCAGCAACUUUGCGGAAUCGCGGUAUGACGAGCAGAAUGAUCAAGCCAGAAGCAUAAUCAACCGACUACCUCCUACCUCCACCGCCACCGCCCCUACCGCCGUCACCGUCGCCGUCACCGUCGCAUACACCGUCGCAUACUCCCCCGCCUCCACCUCCACCCUCCCCUAA